UUAGAUAUCAAGUUGACUCGUGACAAUAACAUAACAACUGGAAAGAUUUAUCAGUCGGUCAUCGAUAAGGAGAGAAGAGGUGAUUAUCUUGGAAAAACUGUUCAGGUUGUUCCACACAUUACAGAUGCCAUUCAAGAGUGGAUUGAGCGUGUAGCAAUUGUACCGGUGGAUGGGAAAGAGGGUCCAGCUGAUGUCUGUGUCAUAGAAUUGGGUGGAACUAUCGGGGACAUAGAAUCUAUGCCUUUUAUCGAGGCACUUGGCCAAUUCUCAUACCGUGUUGGCCCUGGCAAUUUCUGCUUGAUUCAUGUCAGUCUUGUGCCUGUUCUCAAUGUUGUCGGUGAACAGAAAACAAAGCCUACCCAGCAUAGUGUUCGUGGACUUAGAGGGCUGGGGUUGACGCCAAAUAUUUUAGCUUGCCGCAGUACAAAGGCACUAGAUGAAAAUGUUAAGGCCAAACUCUCUCAAUUUUGUCAUGUGCCGGCAGAAAACAUCAUAACUCUCUAUGAUGUUCCAAACAUUUGGCACAUCCCUUUGCUACUAAGAGAUCAGAAGGCACAUGAAGCAAUCUUGAAAAGAUUGAACCUUAUAGGUGUUGCUAGGGAGCCUGAUCUUAAGGAAUGGACCAUCAGGACAGAAGUUUGUGACAUGUUGCAUAAUCCUGUCAGGAUUGCCAUGGUUGGAAAAUAUACUGGCCUUUCAGAUGCUUAUCUCUCUGUCUUGAAGGCUCUUUUGCAUGCUUCUGUUGCUUGUCAUCGGAAACUUAUUGUAGAGUGGAUUGCCGCCGAUGAUCUUGAAGAUGUAACUGCAAAAGAGGCCCCUGAUGCUCAUAAAGCUGCAUGGGAUCUUUUGAAGGGCGCUGAUGGUAUUCUAGUUCCAGGAGGCUUUGGUGAUCGAGGAGUGCAGGGGAAAAUUCUUGCAGCGAAGUAUGCUCGAGAAAAAUAUGUUCCAUUUCUUGGUAUUUGUCUGGGAAUGCAAAUUGCUGUCAUUGAGUUUGCACGGUCUGUUCUUGGCUUGCAAGAUGCCAACAGCACAGAGUUUGAUCCAAAAACAAAGAAUCCCUGUGUUAUAUUUAUGCCAGAGGGCUCAAAAACUCACAUGGGAGGAACAAUGCGUCUGGGAUCAAGGAGGACAUACUUUGAGUUUGCUGACUGUAAAUCUGCAAAGUUGUAUGGUGGUGUGAGCUUUGUUGAUGAGCGACAUCGGCAUAGAUACGAGGUCAAUCCCAAUAUGACAUCACAACUUGAAGAUGCUGGUCUGUCAUUUGUAGGCAAAGAUGAAACUGGUCACCGCAUGGAGAUUGUUGAACUGCCUGAUCAUCCAUACUUCGUUGGUGUUCAGUUCCAUCCUGAAUUCAAGUCGAGGCCAGGAAAACCUUCCGCACUUUUCUUAGGCCUUAUAGCAGCAGCAUGUGGCCAGUUGGAGGCGGUUCUACAACACUAUGACCAUGUAAGCUCGGUGGUGCCAAAAAAGAUUGUCAUGAGUAAUGGACAAUCAAUGAUCAAAGGCCAUCAAAAUGGAAAUGCCACCAAGCUUUCCAAUGGAUUGGUAAAUGGUGUGUAUAGCAAUGGGAAUGGUGUGCACUUUUAGGAAAAUUGAUGAUUUCUGGAUUGCAUUGUGUUGGUCGUGUGGUUCUUUUGGAGGAUUUCGGCAGUUUUCUGGAUCCGUCUGUACAGCCAUUGAGUAUGGGUAGAUGUUUUAGCUUGAAGGACUUGCUUUUGAGGUGGAGCUGGAUUUUGAGUCUUGGAUGACACAGCUACUUGUAUUGUCACUGCAUCAAAACAAAACAGAACAGGCUGAGGGUGUAAUGCAUUCCCUUGUAGUACUGAGAUGUCCUCUUUUGUUUCGGACAGCCACAGUUGACAAUAGGAAAGGGAACGGAUUAACUAGUUGGUGUUAAGAUCUAACGUUCUACCCUCAGCUGUAUACUAAUUGGUAUUGUCUUGCAUGAAAGGCUAUGACAUGAUGCAUGUUUUAAGUAUACAAACUCAACUUCUAUUUAAAUGUUCUUUCUUUCGGGGAUUUCCCUUUUUCUUUGGUUUAGAAACUGGGCACUCGACUUACUGUUAUUAACUGAUUUGGGUGUUGAAUUGUGUUGACGACUAUCAGAUACAAUCCUAUUUCAAUUCA